AAGGGUUUUCUGUUCGGCUGUUGUUUUCUGUUCGACUUUGAUAGAAAAUUAAAUUAGGACAUCGUCGUUGUCAAAAUGCCUUCGUGGAUCAAAAAGCGCUUUCAAGUAUUAAAAAAGGAUUUAAUUAAUAACUUGGUCAUUACAAAGAGCCAACAACCAAAUUCAGCGUCAAAAGAUUUACAAGAACUGUGCGAAAACAUUAACAAUGAACGCAUCACAAAUAAUAUAAAGUCACCCAUUCAGAAAAUUCGCAACGAUUUAAAAAAUGAACAUUUCCGUAAUAAAAGUGAUGUGAAUGCAUACCAUGAUUACGCGAAGUGGCGUGACCAAGUUUUAAUAAGUCAAAACAAUUGUGCGCUACGGUGCAUAAAAGAAGAAAAAAUCAACAACACUGAUAAAAACACAACGACGACGGCGACGGCGGCGACGGCGGCGGUGGCGGCGUCGCCGACGGUGGUGGUUGUUGAUACAAAACGAUCGGUCGGCGCUAUAAAUCAAACUUACGAUUGUACAUCUUCGGCUCCCGACAACCGGCACAAUCACGCCAAUAAUAAAUUAACAGCGGUGUCGGCGUCGAGAGAUAGCGCGGUCGAUGACGCAAACUGUGAUAGUGAAAGUCGGAUACAUUCGGCUAUGGUAUCGAAAAUAAACUAUGAAGCGCGUUCAGUUACCGUUGAAUGGUACGAACGUAACGAAACAAAAGGAAAAGAAAUCGAGCUGGAUACAAUUCUUCAAUUGAAUGCCGAAUUAGCUCAACAAGAGGAAUUGGCCGCAUCCAUGCCUAAAAUUAUCAAACAAACAUCAUCGAAUGCCUUGACGAGAGACCAAACCACAAAUUCAUCGGAUGAGCAGUGCGACGACGAUGAAGACGAAGAAGAUAGCUAUUAUGAUGAAGAUGGCCAACUCCCAACUGCAAUGGUUAUGUCCACUGAGAAAACUUCCGGCCAAUCCAUAUCGAAUAACGGUAGCGGCGCCACAUUAUCCAUCCGAAACACCAAAUCGGUAUCUAAAAAAAGCAAGCCUGUUGUUAUCAAUGAUGCGACACAAGGAAACAUUAGGUUUAAUCGAGGAACUGGAAAUCAACAUUCUAUGAGUUAUGCAUCAAAUGGUAAUCGAACGGCCCGAACGACUACCAAUCAAAACGGUCAAGGCGAUCACAUCGAAAAUAUUCCACCACAGUCACAAUUACCCACAAAAACAUCGUCAAUUCGAAACACAUCCAGAAUGUCGAUGGUACAACCGGCGCCCGCACCAGCUCCCGUUAUUCAAACAACUGCAACUAAUCCAACCGGACGACGAUCUUAUGUGGUUAAAGAGGUCGAGCGAUUGAAGGAAAAUCGUGAAAAACGACGAGCACAACAAGCCGAAAUGAAAGAACAGAAAAACGCGCUGAUGAACAUGGAUCCAGGCAAUCCAAAUUGGGAAUUGGCCGCCAUGAUACGUGAGUACCAGAGUCAAAUUGAUUUCCGACCAUUGACCGAUGGUCAAGCCAUUGAAGAUCAUCAAAUAACGGUGUGUGUGCGCAAGCGUCCAGUCAGUCGUAAAGAAGUGAUGAAAAAAGAAUUGGACGUUAUAUCGGUGCCGAACAAAGAUCAAUUAAUUGUUCACGAACCGAAGACAAAAGUCGACUUAACCAAGUAUUUGGAAAAUCAUAAAUUCCGUUUCGACUAUGCAUUCGAUGACUCAUGCACAAACGAAUUGGUCUACAAAUAUACCGCAAAGCCUUUGGUUAAAACCAUUUUUGAGGGUGGCAUGGCAACAUGCUUUGCAUACGGUCAAACUGGUUCGGGAAAAACGCAUACGAUGGGCGGACAAUUUAAUGGAAAAACUCAAGACUGUAAAAAUGGUAUUUACGCAAUGGCCACUAAAGAUGUAUUUAGUUUGCUUAAUGGUCCAAAGUAUCGUCAUUUGAACUUAAUGAUUUCGUGCAGCUUCUUUGAAAUUUACAGUGGAAAGGUAUUCGAUUUGCUCGGCGACAAGCAAAAGCUUCGAGUACUCGAAGAUGGUAAGCAGCAAGUGCAAGUGGUCGGUUUAACGGAAAAGGUCGUCGAUAGUGUCGAAGAAGUAUUGAAAUUAAUUCAGCAUGGUAAUGUGACACGUACCUCAGGUCAAACAUCAGCCAAUGCCAAUUCAUCGCGAUCGCAUGCUGUAUUCCAAAUUGUAUUACGACCACCGGGCUCAACACGUAUUCACGGUAAAUUCUCAUUUAUCGAUUUGGCCGGAAAUGAACGUGGCGCUGAUACAUCAUCGGCCAAUCGGCAAACACGCAUGGAAGGUGCCGAAAUCAAUAAAUCACUAUUAGCAUUGAAAGAAUGUAUCAGAGCAUUAGGUAAACAAAAUGCACAUUUGCCAUUCCGUGUUAGUAAAUUGACACAAGUGUUGCGAGAUUCGUUUAUUGGUGAAAAAAGUAAAACCUGUAUGAUUGCCAUGAUAUCGCCCGGUCUAAAUUCAUGUGAACACACAUUGAAUACAUUGCGGUAUGCAAAUCGUGUCAAAGAAUUGGUCGUACAAGAUCCAGAAAUGCGAAACGAUGACGUCGAAGAAAUGGAAUCCGAUGACAAUCACAAAAAUGGUGACACAAACGAAAAUGAAUAUGCACACUUACGAUCGCUCAGUGAACACGAUAUGUCCGAUGAUUUACUCAACCAGCAUGCAGCCAUAUCGGAAAUUCAGCAAGCCGAAGAAAUCGUUGUUGAUCAACACAAAGCUAUCAACGAAUUUUUGACACAACUUGUACCAGAAACAAUCGAUCUGUAUAACAUGACAAAUAAUGUGGACUAUGAUCAAGACGCUUAUAGUAAACGCGGUGAGGAGAUCUUUUCCCAAUUAGCUGACUUGGCGACAACUUGUCGAAACUUGAUGGCCGAUUUCCGCGGUAAACUUGCGAAUGAAGAAAUGCUUUCACACAAUGUACAUCCCGGCAAACGUUAAAUUUAUACUCACCUUUCGUUAUACACAAGAGUUAAGAGAUAAAAAGAAAAUGAAUCACACACAAACACAUCAAUUUUUGUUAUUGCAUGAAGAGAGUUUUAAAACAAACAAAUAAUUGUGAAUGAAAAGAAAAAAAAAACAAAAGAGAAAAAUGGAAAGAAUAAUCCGAUUAAAAAUCAAUUCAUUAAUUCUAACAAAUACAAACUACUCAAUUCUCAUCACUUCACAACAUAAAAUGCUGAGAAAAAACAAACAAACUCUAUACUCAAUCUAAUCAGCAAAAUGUCAUGUUAUAUCAAUAUCAGACAAGAAAAAUAAAAAAAACAACCACA